GUUUCUCUCUCUGGGUUCCUAUUUGGAAGACUCUGAAAAGCUUAGAGGUUCAUUGUCAAAUUAUUUCAUGAAAGCUCUAUAUUUUUCAUUAGAGAGUGGCAAGUUCUGGUUCCCAGCCUAAAUUUACAAGGGCAGUGGAUUGCUAUCUUUCUACCAUGGCUUACUUAGUUACAACUCUGAAAUAGAUUCCUUGCAAGCAUGAAAACAACAUGAGGGUUGGCAGUUAAUGGGGAAAAACAUAGGGUGGGAGAAGGUGAGAGCCACACCGGUUGAAACUCCUCCAAAUGCUUUUCACGUCUCUAAUCUCAAUAAUUUGACACCUGCGGACCACAUUGAAAUCCAAUUUAGAACAGCUAGACAAACAUCUUAUGAUUGGUGGUAUGCUACUAUAGGACACCUAGAAACAUGUGAUGAGAAUGAGAAUCAUUGUCGGUGUGACCAGAGCGACAUGGUGGUGGUGGAGUUUAAGCAAUACUCUCUAGGAUCUCAAAUAAGACGCCUAGUGCUCAGAAAAAACAACAACCGAGAGCAUGAUGAUGGAAUGGGUCGCUUGUAUGGAGGAAUCAGGAAGAUUCAUAGCCAACAACAGAUCAACAUGUGGAAAAGGCUCUUUCCUCCACAUCACGUGCCUGACUUCAUUUUAUCUAUGCCCCCGGUUGCAGCAAUGUUCCUGAUCCCCUGAGAGAUAUCAAAUACGAAGAGUCAAUCAAAGAGGCAGUGAAAGGGUUCGUCGAAUCUUUGGAAGAUGUCACAUUGAACUUAUGCAGCGAAGUAACUUUUAAAGAUAGCAUUUUGUACACAACUCCAACCAUGACUUUCAUUGCUAUUACCAGCAAAAUUCCACUAUUUCAACCAAAUGUUAGCUUGGUUCAUUUGAGUGUAAUUCUUUGUUCGUAUGGCCUAUUUUGCGAGAAGAAAGGAAGUUGUAUGCAGCUGUAUCCUCUCUUUUUUUUAAAAAAAAAAAACUACCUUAGCUAAUCUUUUCCUAUGGGGAAGGGCGGGUCCACAUACAAGCACACAAUACCCCACAC